AUGUCAUCAAAGGUCUCUGAUGAAAAGCCCUCUCAAUUCUCAGGAAGAGAAGUUGAAAAACAACCACACCAACAUCCGCACGAACAUGCGACUGCUGGAUUGGAACAUGUCAUGAUGAAAGAACCACAAUACGACGAUCCAGAAUAUUACAAAGGAUCUGACAAGUUAAAGGGAAAGGUUGCAUUGAUCACUGGAGGCGAUUCUGGAAUUGGCCGAUCGAUUUGUGUUCUCUUUGCUAGAGAAGGAGCAGACAUUGCCAUUGUUUAUCUCGACAAGGAACAAAAAGACGCCGAUAUAACAAAGCAAUUGGUGGAAAAAGAGGGUCGAAAAUGUCUUCUCAUUCCUGGUGAUGUCACUUCAUCUUCAUUCUGUAAAGAAGCAGUGGAAAAAACAGUUAAAGAAUUGAAACAUUUGGACGUUUUGGUAAAUCAUGCAGGAACUCAACACGUUCAAGAAGAUUUUACUCAAAUUAGUGAUGAACAAAUUGAAAAGACUUUUCGAACUAAUAUAUUUGCAUACAUGUAUAUGGCACGAGAAGCUUUGCAUUACUUACCUGAUCACACAGGAGUCAUUAUUAACACAUCGAGUGUGACCGCGUAUAAGGGUAAAUCGACUUUGAUUGAUUAUUCAUCUACUAAGGGAGCAAAUACGACAUUUACAAAAUCGUUGGCGUUGAGUCUUGCUGACAGAGGAAUUAGAGUUAAUUGUGUUGCUCCUGGACCAAUUUGGACUCCAUUGAUACCAAGUACCUUUUCAAAGGAAAUGGUUGAGCAAUUCGGAAAAUCUACUCCCAUGAAACGUGCUGGACAGCCUUUUGAGGUCGCCACAGCGUACGUCUAUUUAGCAAGCAAAGAUUCAUCCUACGUAACUGGUCAAACGAUUCAUGUCAAUGGUGGAGAAAUUGUGGAGUGA